UAAUGUAGUAGUAGUACAUAUGUUGCUCCACACGAUUACGUAAUUUACAUAAUGGAUUUUCGAAUUAUGACACUCCUACAAAAUUCUGGUACCUCUUCUUACUUGGUUUUAGUUCUACCACUAAAUUAAGCUGUAAAUUAGUGUCUGUUCCAAGGAGACUACACGGCCAGCCUCCCCAGCGUGUUUAUUUAGCUUCAAGCAGGGAGGGGAACUUGAUCGUUCCUUCUUAACAUGGCAACACUAACACUAUCAGUAUCCAUUAGACCAUCAUGCCCAGGAUUGUCUAUCCAUAUCUGAUGCACGCUCUGAAUUAUUAAAUAUCUGGCGGGUGGCUUCGUGUUGUAGGGGAUGUUAGAAAGAAGGAGGAUGUGGGAAGAGUUUUCGGCAACAUGGGAUGUGUCUUUCACCUCUCUUCAGUAUGGCUGUACCCCUCAAAUCUAGUUCAGCUAAUGUAGUACAUAGGUUGCUCCACGAGGUUAGAUGCAUGUAGUUUACAGAACUGAUUUUCGAAAUUCUAAUUAUGAUACACUAUUCUGCUACCUCUUCUUACUAGGUUUUAGUUCUACCACUAAAUUCAGCUGCAGAUUGGAGUCCAUUCUGCGGAGAUUACACGGCCAGCACUCCUUGAGUUGUUUAUUUAGCUUCAAAUAGGGAGGGGGGAUGUAAGAAAGAAGGAGGAUGUGGAAAGGGUUUUCCGAAACGUGGACUGUGUCUUCCACCUCGCUUCAUAUGGCAUGUCAGGGAAAGAAAUGGUACAGACAGGGCGAACAGAUGACAUCAAUAUAAAUGGGACGUGCAAUGUACUGGAUGCUUGCCAUGAGCAUGGUGUUAGAAGGCUUGUGUAUGUAAGCACAUAUAACGUGGUGUUUGGAGGAGAGCCAAUUGUCAAUGGCAAUGAAACGUUGCCUUAUUUUCCCAUUGAAGAUCAUGUUGAUGCUUAUGGGCGUAGCAAAUCAAUUGCUGAACAGUUGGUGCUGAAGAGUAAUGCUCGGCAAGCUAAGAGUAGUAAAAGUACUCGUCUUUAUACCUGUGCAAUUCGUCCGGCUGCUAUCUAUGGUCCAGGUGAAGAGCGCCAUCUUCCAAGAAUCUUGUCCCUUGCUAAAUUGGGAUUGGCAUUCUUCAAGAUUGGGGGUCCAAAUGUUAAGACAGAUUGGCUCUAUGUGGAUAAUCUUGUUCUUGCCUUGAUAUUGGCAAGCAUGGGACUUUUAGAUGACAUUCCUGGCAGGAAGGGAACUCCUGUAGCAGCUGGUCAAGCGUAUUUCAUAUGCGAUGGAGCACCGGUUAAUACUUUCGAAUUUAUCAUCAGCCCUUUGUUCCGAAGUCUGGGAUAUGCGGUUCCUCGAGUUAAACUCGAUACCCCGAUUGCCCUCGCCAUUUCAAGAUUCUUUUUGUUCAUAUGUACAUUAUUCUAUCCAUGGUUAGAUAGUAAAUGGAUUGCUCAGCCUCUUAUUCUUCCUGCUGAAGUGUACAAGGUGGGUGUUACACACUACUUCUCAUUUUUAAAAGCUAAAGAGGAACUUGGCUAUGUACCUAUGACGAGCCCUCGGGAAGGCUUGGCUGCAACUAUCUCCUACUGGCAGGAGCGGAAGAGGAGAGAACUAGAUGGUCCGACCAUAUUUACUUGGUUGGCUGUAACGAUCGGGAUGUUGGCCAUCUUUUCUGCUGCUUGCCUUCCACCUGUUGGUCCAUUGAAAUGGUUGCUUGCCAUUCAUCUAUUCGUUUUCCGGAAAAUGUUGGUGAUUCGGCUAGUCUUCCUGGCAGCGGUUGUUGCGCAUGCUGCCGAAGGUGUCUAUGCCUGGUUCCUGGCGAAAAAGGUCGACCCAAGGAACGCUGCGGGGUGGUUUUGGCAAACCUUUGCUCUGGGAGUGUUCUCCCUCAGGUACCUGCUUAAGAGAGCGAGAGUGUAAAUUUGUGCUCCUGUACUCCACGUCCUCUGGGGAUUCCCUAAGACCAAUAGUUUCCAGCCAAAAUGCCACAGGAUGUAGUGCUGAUGUAGAAACUCCACUUCUGUGUUAUGUGUGACUAGAGAGAUAUGGAGUGGGCAGAGUCAGCGCCCUUCCCUUCCUGCAAUGUUUUACAUGAGUUUUGCAUGGAAGCAAACCGAAAGGUUGCAGCACAUGGUUGAGUUGUACCUGUAACCUAAUGUAUCAGGUUUUACUUGUUUCGAGUGGUUUUAACAAGUCACUGUCAGGACGAACGUGACCAUUCACC